AAGGCCCUGCCUACACGUUCUCAUGGACUCCGACGUUUGACAUGGCGGGAAAGUCGCUGGACAUGUGUUUUGCGGCGAUCGACACACUUGGGAUCCUGGGGAACGCAAGGCCGCUGCUGUGCAAGGGAGGGGGGAACAACUUGUAUGGGUGUACAACAGACUUUGACUGUCCGGAUGGUGUUUGCCAGAGUGCCUGCAUCCACCUACGAGUUCAGAAGUGUCAAUAUUGCAUUCAAACCAUGACGAGCUUGGAGCUGCUGGCUGACACGAUCCAGCCCAGGACUGACUGGAUGAGAUUAUGGGCGUUGAAUUCUUACCAAGGGAAGACUUAUGCAGCGGGGAACAUCGUCGGGAUUCAAUUCCUUCCGCAACUUUAUCCCCAGAUAAGUAUCGACGAUCCUGGUUUCAUCACGCCUACUGCCUACGAUCAAGGUCGAGUCCUCUCAUUCGGCGUGUUGUACCGCCCUGGUCUUGAUCAGUCCAUCGCUGACUUGGCCGUGAGAUUCAGGACAACCGUGAAAGCGAUUCUUACUUUGAAUCCUGACAUAGAAGCAAGCAUGCUCGUCAUUCCAGCCAACCAACUCCUCUGUCUGCAGCCGUGUUCUACGUGGUACUGACGCCACCCUCCCACUCUCUUCCUCCCCGUACAUUACCUGUCUAUUGUGAAAUACUCAAGAAUGAACAACUCUGAACAAG